GACCAAUUAAAAGCAGCCAAAACCCAAACCUUUAAAUUGGACAGGACGAUGAUCAAAUUCGAAGACCAAUUUGAGAAACUGUGUUACAAGUGUGAACAGAGUAGGCAUAUUACUUUUCAAUGUGAGAAGGUAAGAGUGCAAAGAGAUAAAGCACUAGCUCAAGCAAGGUUUGCAUCAAUCCAGUCAAGGUUCAGAAAAGGACCAGAAAAAGAAGCUUCUAUAUCUUAUACAGAAAUUCUGAGAAAAAGAAGCAGAUCGAGAUCAGUCUACAACAAAGAAAGAAGAGGAGAACAAGAAGGAAUAAGAGAAAGACUAGACAGUACAGAUGAGCAACAAAUGCACUAUCAAGAUGCAGAAGAAAUGUGUAGGAAAGAGAAAGAAACCCCUCUGGCAACAUACAAGGCAAUCAACAAGAAGGUGGUGGAAAGACAAGACAAACUAAAAAGGCAAAUAAAACAGAUAGAAAAAAUACUAAGCGAACUUUUGGAAAAUGGUCAGCUAUCACCUAGUAAAAAGAGGCAACAACAUGAAAGACAAUAG